AUGUAUGAUUACCAGCCACUACGUCAGCCGAUAUUAUACGAAUCCGAAUGCGUCAAACAACUUAAGCUCAAGCUCAAUAGCAGUAGUAGCUCUUCAAGGCGAGAUAAUAAAUUUGCCGUCAAGAGCAAGCCGGAUGAGCUGAGAAUUAAUCUGAUAGUAAAGCUCAAGCGGUUCACUAGCGACUACGUGGACUUUAAUACGAGAUCAUAUAACGGACUAGUACCGGCCCCAACAAUCAAAAUUUGUCCCGGUGAUCGUCUGGUAGUGAUGCUCACGAACUCAUUAGAAGCUGGUAAAAGCAACAACACUAACAUACACUUGCAUGGUAUGCACCUGCCGCCAGUAGGGCAGGCGGACAACGUGAUGCCUGUUGUGAAACCGGGCGGCCAACGCAAAUACACAUAUGAUAUACGCCCAGAUCACCCAGCAGGAACAUUUUGGUACCAUCCGCACUCUCACGGCAAUGCGAAUUCUCAACUUAACGGAAUGAUGGCAGGGACGCUCGUUGUGGUAGAUCGACCGGCUGAUUUUCCGACAGAGUUGGCUGAGAUGGACGAUCUUGUAAUGAUUUUACAAGCAAUCUGCGUCGAUGACUGUUUCAAUAUGUUUGACAAUCUUCAAGACUCGAUCGAGAACAAAUUCAGCCCACUUGCAAGAACUCCAAAGGACACGGACACCCCUGAUGAAGAAAGCGAACAGAAGGUUUGGCCGACAGAUCUUGAGAUCGUCGAGAACGAUGCAGACGUCCCGCUGAACGAUACUUCGUUACCUACAGUUUUUGUGAAUGGACAAUACUUGCCCACAGUAGAUCUUGCUAUUAAUGAAUACAAGCGUCUGCGGUUUGUUAAUGCUAUUGCGAACAAUGUGGCCGAAAUCGUGACUACUCGCGACAGCAAUUGCAUGCUGAAUGUGAUUGCCAUGGAUGGCAUCUACUUUGACAAACCUAAGUCAAAGGAAGUAAUUGUGAUCCCUCCUGGAGGACGUGCUGAUGUUGCCAUCAUCUGUGCUAAUACUGGAGAAUUUUAUCUUGAGACUGAUUGUGCAAGCUCACGCAAUAAACUGCUAGGACUUGUGAACCAGCAUCGAGUACCGUCUCAGCGUAUUGUGAAGCUGAAGGUUAUCAAGGAGUAUGAAGAAUUGGAUGAAGGCAAAAUCUCCGCUGUAGCCACGCGUCUGCCGUUGGCGCUCCCAAAACGACCAACGUACAUGGAAAAUACAAUUAAGAGCUCGAAACAUACCCCAAGUGUUGCUGAAAGUAACAAGUACGACUUCGAGUUUUCCGUGUGGAUGGAUAAAAAAGAUAUUGUAUAUGGUGUGAACCAUGAGAGACUCAAUAUGGCAAACAUCAAUUAUUCGAUGCCUGUGAAUGAAUUACAGCAGUGGGAACUUUCUGUCAAAGAUUACAGGAAACCAGCAACAAGGACGUGUGAUUUGGAUGAUGCUACUAGCACGGAACGUCGGUUGGUUAAGUCAGAUGGUUGCCGCACGAUGAGCCAUCCAUUUCAUAUACACUCGACACAUUUUCAAGUCUCGGACAUGGAUGAUGACACUGACCCAGAUGGAAUUUUGUUCGAGAAGGGUGAUUGGCGGGACACUUUGCCGCUCUUCCGUGGAGGUGUGCAGAUCCGGUUUACCCCGCAAAAUUAUAUGAUGGGGCAUAUCUUUGCACACUGCCAUAUCGCUUCUCACGUCGACGGUGGAAUGGCACAAAUCGUGAAUGUAUACAAUCCAAAAGUCCGCGAUGACGAAAAUGAAGAAGACGAAAAUGACAGUAGCUUGGACUUAAAGAGUGAUUUUGACGAAGACGAAGUAGACGAGAGCGAAACAAAUAGUGAAUUUGAGGGAGAGAAACGAUAA